AGAAGGAUCCGUCAGGACAGCGACGAGUGGUCCGAACCUUCUUCCCCCGUCCUUCCCUUUCCCUUUCCUCUCACAGGAAAGGCUGAGACCCGGUACCGGGGCCAUCCGGUGGCCGCCGCUGCCUCAGCUCCAGCCAGGCCUGGCUUCACACAUCCCAAAAGCCUGCCCCAUCAGAUGCAGAGAGAUUGGGGAGUGUGGAGAAGGGGAGCAGAAAAAAGGAGUGCUCCCGAUUGUGACAUCACAUCCAUCCCUUGGCGAUGGAACUUGUCCCUAGGAAGGAAGAUUCAGUCGGUGAUUAGCCAACAAGAUGGGUUUCUUGGAGUAUCUCCUGAGUGGCACUGAGUGGAGGCAUCAGGGGGUUGGAACCUUGUAAACAGGGAACCUACCCCCCACCAUUUGGAAGGACCUGGGUUUCAGUGAUGAGACAUGGGGUAUGAUGUAACACGUUUCCAGGGGGAUGUUGAUGAAGACCUUAUCUGCCCUAUUUGCAGUGGAGUCUUGGAGGAGCCAGUCCAGGCGCCUCACUGUGAACAUGCUUUCUGCAAUGCCUGCAUCACCCAGUGGUUCUCUCAGCAGCAGACGUGUCCGGUAGACCGUAGUGUUGUGACAGUCGCCCACUUGCGCCCAGUACCUCGGAUCAUGCGGAACAUGCUAUCAAAGUUGCAGAUUGCCUGUGACAACGCUGUGUUUGGCUGCAGUGCCAUUGUCCGGCUCGACAACCUCAUGUCUCACCUCAGCGACUGUGAGCACAACCCGAAGCGGCCUGUGACCUGUGAACAGGGCUGUGGCCUGGAGAUGCCCAAAGAUGAGCUGCCAAACCACAAUUGUAUUAAGCACCUGCGCUCCGUGGUACAGCAACAGCAGACACGUAUUGCAGAGCUGGAGAAAACGUCAGCUGAACACAAACACCAGCUGGCAGAGCAGAAGCGAGAUAUCCAGCUACUAAAGGCAUACAUGCGUGCAAUCCGCAGUGUUAACCCCAACCUUCAGAACCUGGAGGAGACAAUUGAAUACAACGAGAUCCUUGAGUGGGUGAACUCCCUGCAGCCAGCAAGAGUGACGCGGUGGGGAGGGAUGAUCUCCACACCGGAUGCUGUCCUCCAGGCCGUCAUCAAGCGCUCCCUGGUGGAGAGUGGCUGCCCCGCCUCUAUUGUCAACGAGCUGAUUGAAAAUGCCCACGAACGUAGUUGGCCCCAGGGCCUGGCCACACUAGAGACAAGACAGAUGAACCGGCGCUACUACGAGAACUACGUGGCCAAGCGCAUUCCUGGCAAGCAGGCCGUUGUCGUAAUGGCCUGCGAGAACCAGCAUAUGGGUGAUGACAUGGUGCAGGAGCCGGGGCUUGUCAUGAUAUUUGCGCAUGGUGUGGAGGAGAUAUAGGAGACUCGAUCAGCUGUCAGGAAGAGAUGGAAGUCAGAAAAACUCUCAUCACUCCAGCAACUGGGCCCUGAAUCCUUCCCACUAUCCUUAAUGCCAUGACCGGCACUGGAGCCACACAUUCCCCUGCCCUUCUGAUACAGAAGGGCCCUGGGACACUUAGAUCAGCCUUUUGGGAGGGAAACUCAGAUUCCUGCCUUUUGCCAUAUUUCUUCCCCUAAAAUGUCUGUCAGUGUGCAGUUGGGGUGGGAGAGUCCUGCCAAAGGUCCCUGGUUCUAGAUAUUUUCAGAAAGCACAAGAGAUUUGGUUUCCCUAGAGGAUCAAGGUGGAGUGAGGAGUCUUAAUAAUUGUCCCUCUCCUCCAAAACCAGGGAAUCAGAACAGGCAGACCUAUUGGCUCUAAGCAGCAUUUAGAGGGCAGCUCUGAGGAGCAGACUUCCUGAAGAAAUUGUAAGGGUGGAACCAAGACCCUAGAAGUCAGUAGUGAGGCCAGGAGUUGGCCAUCACUGGUAACCCUUAGGGGACCAUUGGACCUGUGUGCCAAGCACAUCCCUGUACGGCCCACCUUAAAGGUGCAGGCUCCUGCUGGGUCUGCAGGUAUACAGGUUGGAUUGCUGAAAAUUUCCAGAUGAGCUCUUUUUUUUUCCUACAUGUUUUCAUAAUUAGGGAAUGACAGCAUUGGGAGUAGGGGCUAGACUAUUGGGGUUCAUAUGCUCAGCGAAGUGGCUGCUCUCUGGCUUUUGCUGGAGUAGGAUAGGCAUUGCCUUUUGUGGCAUGUCCAUAAUAGUUCAUACACUCCUCUCUGUGAUUAUAGUGAGUUAUUUUGAUAAUUUCCUUUGGCUGUUUGUUUAUACUCCACAAAUCCCAUCUGUUUCCCACUUUUUUUUUUUUUUUUUUUUUUAAGAAUGGCCUGGUUAUGGCUACCUUACUCUCUAGCCCAGCCACAUUGUUGGCAAUUUAAUUUAUUUACUUUUUUUUUUUUUAAAGAAAGGAAAAAAGAAAAAAAAAUGAAACUUUUCUUUUGCUGUUCCUAUUGUGGGGAUUCUGGAUAGGGUGGGACAGGGUGGUAUCUGUGUUAGAUUUUUCUUUUCAGCACAACCUUUGGCUUUAAUAUAGGAAGAGCCAAGGGAGUCCUUGGCUGAACUUAAUGGCAUCUACUGUAACACUCUUGUCACCCCAUCUGAGAUGAGGUGCUUCUUCUGCUCCUGUGUUGGAUGUGACAGUCUAGCAGCAAUGCUGUGGCCCCUUGAAGACAUUCGCUCCUGGCUCUAUUAAGGUCUCAUUGUAAAACCCUGGGUUUAGAGUAUUCAUUUUGAAGGCAACUCUCUCCCAGCUUCCCCUGGAACUAUAUAGCUGGGUUCUAAGCUUCAGUAGACAAAUGGAUAGAAAUUCCAUGUGUCUUUAAAAAGACAGGCUGUGCUCUGGGUCACCCAUGUGCACUGAAGGACUUCAGUUCCAUUUUAGGCUGCCUGAGGCAUCCCUCACUCGCUGUGGCAACUGGCAGAGCGAUGGGAGGGAAGGAUAGUGGAUGUGAUUCUUGAAGUGUGCAGGUCGGGGGUAGGGUUGGAGAGAGAGGGAAGGGCUCCUCUCACCAGUUAACAGCUGCUUCUCUCUGGACUUUUAUUUGCAGGCCAGCUUGCUGUUGCAGGCCAGCUUGCUAUUAGUCUCGGUGGUGGGGGGGGGGUCAUGGCUCUGACGGGGUUGGGGCAGAGGGGAGUGGGGAGCAGUCAUGUGUUCCAGCUCUAGGACACGGUGCUCAGGAAUUAGAAAACGCUGCUAUACUUAGUGUGGUUACUACAUUUCUCCUACUCCCCUGUCCCUGCCUGCCUUGCCAAGGCUGGCACUCCUGUUCCCACCCAUGGACAGAGCCAGGAAGCUCAGUUCAGGCUUCCCAACCCUUUGCACUAGUGUCUGCAGGUUGCUGGUUGUGUUGUGUGUGCUGUUCUGUGGUGUUGACUGCACUAAUAAUAAACCUUUCACUCAACUCUAAA